AGGAUUGAACAUCUCUGUUUCGUCCAAAAGAGGGAGUCAAGUUUCUUAUGCAGCAGUAUUGCCCACUUUCACAACACAACUCCAGAGCGCACUGACCGGAGAGAGAAAGGGGGGUGAGAAAUAUUGUUUGACGACUGUUUUCUCUCACAGUGGGUACGGAGACUCAUAGACUCUUAGCCUGUCUGCUGUGGGAGCGUCAGUCCGUGGGUCAGUUUGCCCUUGAGCCCUCACCUCACAACUUUGCUGUCUGUUUGCUGCAGCAGAAGAGCAAUCGGGUUUAUGAUCUCAAGGGAGCUCCCACUUCUUCCACACCUGGAUUAACCCAAGGCGACGUUUACUUUUUCUUUCUCUUCUUCUUGCUUUCUCGUUAUUUUUUAUUUUAUUUUUAGUUUUUAUAUUGUUUUUGCAACGGAGAAACUCGGACAGAAUGUUGUGGAAACUAGCUGACAACGUAAAAUAUGAAGAAGACUGUGAGGAAAGGCAUGACGGCAACAGCAAUGGGAACCCCCGGCUGCCUCACCUGCCAGCGGUCAGUCAGCACCUCUAUAGCCCGUCUCCUUCCCUCUCUCACUCGGCUGGUUCAGACUUCCAGCCCCCGUACUUUCCACCUCCGUACCAGCCCAUCUCCUACCCCCAGUCCACCGACCCAUACUCCCAUCUCAGCGACCCGUUCAACAUUAACUCCAUACACCAGUCGCCUUCUUCGAACCAGCAGCAGCCGUCUUGGCCCGGCCGGCAAAGCCAGGACGGACUCGGGAGGAGCGGACUAGCGAGUCAAAUCUUGGGCCUCGAGGGAGGCUCGUCCGGGGUGAGAAGAGAGGGGUUUCGGCGGCCGGAGCUGCUGCCCCCGCACAGCCUGGACUCUUCUGUUAUUGGUGAUAAUAUGGGAAUUCAUGACAUGGGCCCUGGACUGGAAGACGUUCAGCAUGUAGAUGACCACAGUAUUAUUAUGCCAGAUCAGACAGUCAUCAAAAAAGUAUUAGGACUACGAGGUGGCAGGAACCUUGAUCGCAUACAGAGGACUUAUUAUCAGGGGGGCUUUCUUGCUGGCCCUGUCACAUUACCGAAAGGCAACACGCUGGGCCUUCCCUUCCAGAAAGAGUCACUGCUGGGCAUGGUAUCAAACCCCACAGAGGUGUUCUGCUCCGUACCGGGCCGUCUUUCCUUGUUGAGCUCCACAUCCAAAUACAAGGUUACUGUGGCUGAAGUCCAGAGGCGUUUGUCACCCCCGGAGUGCCUGAACGCCUCACUCCUGGGAGGAGUUUUACGCAGAGCCAAGUCAAAAAAUGGAGGCCGUUCUUUGCGAGAGAAACUGGAUAAAAUUGGGCUUAAUUUGCCUGCUGGAAGAAGGAAGGCGGCCAAUGUCACUCUACUUACCUCACUUGUAGAAGGUGAAGCUGUUCAUUUAGCAAGAGACUUUGGUUAUGUAUGCGAGACUGAGUUUCCUGCAAAGGCAAUAGCUGAAUACUUGGGCAGGCCCCAUGUGGAGCGCAACGAGGUCAACUCUCGCAAGAACAUGCUCCUCGCUGCUAAGCAAAUCUGCAAAGAAUUUACUGACCUGCUCACACAGGACCGGUCACCGUUAGGAAACUCAAGGCCGGCGCCCAUCUUGGAACCUGGAAUCCAGGGCUGCCUGACUCAUUUCAGCCUCAUCACUCAUGGAUUUGGUUCUCCAGCCAUCUGCGCUGCAAUGACCUCCCUCCAGAACUACCUAAAUGAGGCGCUCAAACAAGUGGACAAGAUGUACUUGAGUUCUGGCAGUGAAACCCAGGGAUCCUCGGAGAGCGGGAGCAAGUCCACUGACAAAAUGGACAAGCACAGGAAAUAAGAGCUCACAAGGAGAAAACCUGAAUUUCACAAUUGCAGAAUACACUCAUUCUUGCUGCCCUC